GGAGUAUUACAACUGAAAGCUAUCUAUUCUGAAAUUUGCCAAAUUUAUGUAUCGCUUCGAAAAUCAUAUGCUACCCCCAAUAUUUCAUAACUUUUAUACUAAAAAAUCCAACCGUUCAUAGCCAUGCCACAAUGAGUGUUACAAAAAAGACUUAUUUCAUGCAUCGAUGCUUAUUUCCAUUAGCAAAAAAGUUGCUCGAAACAGAAGGCAUUCUAACUUGGGGAAAAAAUUCCGUCUAAUAUUAAAGAAAACUCACUUGCAACAUUCAGUGAGCGAUUAAAGAUUCAUCUACUUGAUGACUAUGGCUGGUACUGCGGUAGUGGUCAGAUGGGAAUUAUAAAUCAUAGCCUAACUACAGAACUAUGGAAAUACAAUGAGGACAAGUUAUCUACUUGUAGUGUGUUUGCUGUGUCAUAUUAAGAUUUCAGGAGCCUAUUUAGCUUCAUUUCAUGGAGACAGUUUUCUUUUCCAAUCUCUGAAUUCUCGGCCUCUUGAUACGACAACCGUUUCGCUAAGAUUUCAAACCAGCUCGGCGGAUGGAUUACUUUUUCUGGCACUUGGGCAAUCCCAAUAUCUCAUUGUUGAAUUAGUCAAUGGUAAAUUAGAGGUCAAAAUAGAUCUUGGAUAUGGGGAAGAGGUACUAUCAACAUCUGACAGAGAUUCCUUAAAUAAUUUGAUUUGGCAUCAGUUCAAAGUUGUCAGAUCUGGCAGCAAUAUCAAACUAGUACUUAAUGGACGAGAUGUGACGUCUGGACAAAUUAAUGUGCCGAAUCCCAGGAGGGCAAAACUUGCUACAGACUUCGGAAUAUUUCUUGGUGGCUUAGGUGGAAAUAUAACAUUACCUAAUGGAGGAAGGCCGGGAAAAUAUUUUCGUGGUUGUUUAUUGGAAGCCGAGUUCAACGGAAAGGACCUACUAACGCCGCUGAAAAAUGUUGGAAAUGAAAGGAUCUUAUAUCAUGUUGUUUCGGGGUGUCCUAAGAUCUUCAGAGCAAGUCGAUCUGAAUCAAUAACUUUUGACUCGCCAUCAUCUUAUGUUGCCUUGAAUCGUUGGACUGUACAAGAUGAAGGGACAUUUGAAUGCAUGUUAAAAACAUCCGCACGAAGUGGUAUUAUUUUAUAUAAUGCUGGUCGUGGAAGAGGUGAAUUCAUUGGGCUUGAAAUGGUUGAUGGAGUUGUUGGUGCUUCGGUGAAUAAAGGUGGUGGGGGCGGCGUUGUUGCUUUACAUACAACAUCACCUAUCAAUGACGGAGCAUGGCACUCUGUUAGAUUUAGUUUCAGUCCAUCCUACUUAGACAUAAGAGUUGAUGGGAAACGCACAAAGGCAUUUGUUGAGCAAACAUCACCAGAAUUAAAAGGAACUGUAAUAGGAGAAAGACACCAUAAUCUUGAUUUGACUGGACAUUUGUAUAUUGGAGGGGUACCUGGAAAUUUAUUGCAAAAUGAUGCUGUGCCACACAGCCUUGUUUCAUUAGGCAGCAGUGAUGGAACAGGAACAGUCAGUGGUGCGUUUCCAGGAUGCAUGAAGAAUUUGAGAGUUAAUCACAGGAGAAAAGGUUUUUCAGAUUUUUUAUUAUCGAGGCAUGUUUCCGCUGGAUGCAAGAAAAUUGUAAAUUUUGAUCGAUCGAAAAAAAAUACGCCCAUUGAUGAUUUUAAUGAAGCUAACUCAGCUGUAUCAACAAUGUUUGCAAUCUACAAUUCCAAGAAAUCCAAAUCAAGGUUAUCAACAACAGCUAGGACCACUACAACCACUAUACCAACCACAACCACUCCAGCAUUUGUUGUACCUGUGGUCAAUUUAACAAUUCAUCCUUUGAUGGUUUUGGAGGGUCAAAGUUCAAAGCUCACCAGUGAACAACUGUCAUUGUCAGUCCAAGGAUUUGAAAAACAAGACACUAAGGAAGAUAUUUUGUUUGUAAUUUCAAAUCCUCCUUCCCAUGGUUUUCUAUUAAACUCUCAAGAUUGUUCAUCACUGGCAACACUAUUUGAAUUUUCCGCCAUAGAUCUAGCGGACGAAAAACUCUACUUUUGUCAUGAUGCUUCAGAAACUACUCAUGAUUAUAUCAAUUUUACCGUAGUUUGGAACUUGGAACAUAAAAGCUUAAAUGAACGCAAACAUAUCAUAAGAAAUUUCCCAGGGAAACCUGAAUUUGUCAGCACUGGAAUAGUUCUUAAUGAUAGAGCUGUUUUUUCUUUGAACAUAAUUGUUGAACCAGUUAACGACCCACCAACAUUACACAUCCCUGUACAAUAUCUAUUUCGUCCAGUUAAAAGCACGUCCACGCAUCUACCUCAAGAUAUCUUAAAUGCAACUGAUCCUGACAGCCCUCCUUCUGAAAUAAUUUACACGAUAUUGGGAAAUCAGAGAGGUGGUUUUCAUAUUGAAAAUGAGAAAAAUUUAGGGAAAUCAAUAAUAGAAUUCUCUCAGGAAGAUAUCAACUCAGGAAAUAUAGUGUUUGUGGAUGAAGGAGAAGUUGAAAAUGCAAGGCUUGUUAUGAGAGUCUCAAACACUCUUUCUCAAUCUACCUCAACUGCUGUGUUGAGAAUUGCAACUAUUUCGUUGAAUAUUUCAGUGACAACAAGAGAAAUUACACUUUUGGAGAAAAGCAGUUUCAUAUUCACAAUUGAACAACUAGCUGUAACAUCAAAUGCAGAACCUGGUUCUGUAAAUCUUCUUUUUCAAAUAAAGGAAAAUCCAUCUUUAGGUGAAAUGCAAACAUUCAAUCAUGAAAUUGGCGAUGAUAAUUUAAGGGAAGAAAGUUGGAUAAGAUCAUCUAAUUUCACAGAAAAACAAUUAUCGGAAGGCUAUGUUCGGUAUCAUAAUUUAAAAACUUCAUCGUCAGUUGUUGAGGAUACUGAAAAAGACCGAUUUACCUUCACUGUGUCAGGAGCUAAUGUCGAAACACCGGUUAUAACCUGUGUAAUAAAUGUUCAAAAAGUCAGAGUAAUUUUGUCUAUAAAUAAAUUGCUUUUGACUGAUGGGAUUCAAGAAAAGAAACUAACAGCUGAUUUUUUGCAAGUCAACAUAACCCAUGUUCAUGUUAGCAACAAUCAAAUACAGAUUAGACUGGAAAAUCCUAUUCAACAUGCUGAAUUGUUCUACAAUGAUAAUGGAUUGGCCAUAUCAAAUGGUGAUGCUUUCACAUUAGAAGAGUUAAAAACUGGACGAAUUUCUAUCAAAGUGAAACCAAAACAUGCUUCUCGUGCUUUCAAUGAAAUGAUUCCAUUUGUUGCUGUUAUUAAGAAGUUAUAUCAUUCCGAUAAAAUACGACUCAAUGUUACAUAUGUUCCGGAUUUAGAUAGGAUUUUGUUAGUGAACAAAGGUUUGCAACUACAAGAAGGUCAAAAACAAGUCAUCAAUGUUAGAUUUUUGAAAGUUUCUCUUCCACCAAGUCAAAUAAAUGACAAUGUUGAUAGAUUUCGUUUCAACAUAACUCGUAAUCCACAACAUGGAAUACUUGGACGUGUGAAGGAUGAAAGUAAAGUUGUAAUAGAUACAGAAGAGGCAUCUGACAGUAUUACUGAAUUUACAAUGCAAGAUAUCAUUGAUCAAAAAAUAUAUUACAAACAUGAUGAUUCAGAAAACGAAUCUGAUUACUUCAGCUUUCGUGUUGUUCCAAUAUUAGAUGGAGAAUUACCAAAGACAAUUGCAAAACUAUCAAAUGUGCAUCUGGACGGCAAUUUCACUAUCUCAAUACAGUUAGUAAACGAUCAGAGACCAGUAAGAGUUAUAAGUCAGCCAUUUCAAGUAGUUCGAAAUGGUGAAAGACUUCUUACUAAGGACGACUUAUGGUAUACUGAUGCAGAUACAAAUUUCAGUGAUCUGGAUUUAGUAUACACAAGACGGGGUAUUGCAGAUGGAGACAUACUUAAUGCUACCAGCAGAAGACACGAAAAGAUAUUCAAGUUUACCCAGCGACAAAUAGUCAAUGGAGAAGUUUUGUUAAAACAUGAAGGAAAUGAUUUUGGUCGAUUUGUGUUUUGGGUCAGAGAUGGAAAACAUUAUGCUACAGGUUUAUUCGUUAUAUCUGCAUCAGAUCCUUUUGUGAGAAUCGUAAACUCUUCUGAACUGACUGUUAUCAAAGGAAGAGAAAUCGCAAUAACAUCUGAAAAUCUAUGGUGUUCUACAAAUGUUAAAGGCUUAAAGAAAGACAUUACUUACAGGAUCACCAAAGCUCCUAGUAAUGGACUAUUGUACCUUAAUAAUUCUUCAGAAGAUGUUCAACCAAUAUCAAUUAAAUCCUUCACCCAACAGGAUAUUUUUGAUGAAAUUGUUGUUUAUGAACAUAGUGGCUCACCAGUAAUGGAAGAUAGCAUUGAUUUCCAAGUAUCUGCUGGAGAAAUUUCCAAGCAUGGAAAUAUUGCAAUCAAGGCUGUUUUAGAAAGUCAUCAGAAACCACCAACCGUUCAGAAGAAUCGAACUAUUGUGGUUGAUCAAGGACAAAAAGUACAAAUAAGAAAGCAAGAUCUAAGGAUAGUUCAUCUUGACACUCGAGCUGCAGAUAUUGUGUUUUUCAUCAAGCAAUCUCCGAAGUUUGGAAAUUUAGAAUUUCUGACAAAUGUCGAUUCAGAUGAGUUUAAUACUGAUCCAUUGAAAGAAUUCACCCAAUCUGAUAUCAAUAAAGGAUUAGUUUGGUAUUCACAAAAUACAUCAUUUGUUUACUCUGACAAUGAUUUUAUCAACGGAGUUCUACUUGAUUAUUUUACAUUCGAUGUUUCGAACAAAAUAUUAUCAUUGGAUAAUCUGAGAUUCUAUUUUGAUAUUGUUCCUUACAUAAUCCCUUUGAAAACGAACAACUUUUCAGUUCCAGAGGGCAGAACUAAAGCAAUCAUAAGAGAAUAUUUAUAUAUUGAAGGAAUACAUUUUGAUGAAGCCACAGUGGAGAUUCGAGUCACUAAACCACCAGAGCAUGGUAUCCUGGAAUCAACUCAACAAAUUGGAAUUGCCUUGAAAAGUUUCAGUUAUCGCUUGGCAACAGCUGAAUUUCUUUAUUACUCUCACGACGGUUCCGAUUUCUUGCAGGAUUCAUUCAGUCUUCAAGCAUUCACAAUUGAUGGCAAAAAACAAAGCAACAUUGUUGCCUCAUAUGUUACUAUUAUCCCAGAGAAUGACGAACAACCUGUUGUUGUUAACAAUACUGGAAUGACUGUUUGGACUAACUCUAUCACAAAAUUAUCAUCGAUCGUUCUCGGAGUGGAAGAUCCAGAUACUGGACCUGGUGAUAUAACAUACAGGAUACUUCCUCCUAGUAAUGGUUGGAUUGCUUGCAACAAUGAUCCAUCAAAAUCGGUUUUGGAAUUCACACAGGAGCAAGUUAACAACGGAAGUAUUGUGUUUGUCCAUAAAGGCUCCACCACUGGUGGGAUUACGUUUCAAGUGGACGAUGGUGAAAAUUACGCGAAUAAACAUAUAUUUGUGAUAACUGCAAAACCAUUGAUUAUUGCUGUAGAAAACAACAAAGGAAUACAGUCUUUUCCUGGUACUUCUAUUGAUAUCACAUCAGAUGUUCUCCGAUCUACAACUAAUGAUAUGGAGACAACUGACAGAAUUAUUACAUACAAAAUUAUUUUUCGACCUAAAUAUGGGAAGAUAGUCAAACUGACUAAUCACACAUCAACAGAGAAUGAAACAUUGGAGGAAUUUACUCAGCAAGAUAUAGAUGAUAAGCAAGUCUUUUUUAAACAAGACAUUGAAGUUGAAAAAUGGUCAGCGAUUGAUAGUUUUGUUGUUACUGUCCUAUCUCCACCUGCUGAUAACAUAACUGAUGUCAAAAUACCAAUCAAUAUAACUUAUGAUGCUUUUGAGAUUGUUGGAAAGAAAAGUCCAAUCAGUGUUAAUGAAGGUUGCACUCUAAUUGAAGGUGAAAAAAUACAAAUAACAACUGAUAUACUUGAUGCCAGUAAUUUGUAUAAGAAGCUUCCUUUGCACAGAGACAGAAGUCUUUAUGGAUUAUUUUAUUCUCUGGUUGGGUUGCCGAUUCAUGGAAACAUUUCAAUUUCUGGUGAGAAUGUAACAAAGCCAAAUACGAGUUUCACUCAGACCAAUCUUAUUAAAAAUGAAGUGUUCUACCUUCAUGAUCAUUCCGAUCAUAUUGAGGAUUCAUUCAAUUUCAACAUCUUCCUUGUUGACAAAAGAUAUACAGCAAGUACAGGAAAACCAUGGAUUGUUCCUGGAACAUUUUUUCAAGAUAUUUUCAAUAUCUCUAUAACUCCUGUUAAUGAUAAUCCGCCUAAGUUGUUGACAAAAGGGAAAGUACUCGAGGUUGUGGAUGGAUUUGACACUCUUGUACUUCCUGAAGUCCUAAAUGCUGUUGAUCCUGAUAAUUCUCCUGAAGAAGUCACUUAUUCUAUCAUUCGACCUCCUUCUAGGGGUCAUAUUGCCUUUGUAAACGAGUCAUUAACAAAAAUAACAAAGUUCACUCAGUUUGAUGUCAACGAGGGAAAGGUUGUUUUCGUCCCAAAAAAGAUUAACAUGACAGAAUCGCAAUUAAAUGAUGCUUUGUACUUCAGUGUAACUGAUGGAAUACAAAGGCCGGCAUACAACUUGUUUCAAAUCAAGAUUGUUCCUGUGCAUUUGAGAUUGAAUCCGUCACAAAUUUCUAUUGUGCAAGCAUUCUAUUCAGCAGAUGUUACCAGCAAUAUUCUGAAUGUUUCAACUAAUGGAAAUUUAUCGCUUGUAUCAUUCCAUGUCACGAAGCUUCCUGAAUCAGGAAUGAUUCUUAUUAAUGAGAAUCAGAACUCUUCUUUUUCUUAUGAAGAUGUUUCAAAGAAUAAAGUCACAUUUGCAAUGACUAAAAAUUCACUCUCAACAGAUUCAAUGGAAAUAAAUGUUCAUUAUAACAGGAGUAUUGGAUCAAACAUGAGCGUUACAGCAACAUUACAAAUCAUGGUAACCCCUCUUCUAGUACAAGGUUCUCUAUCUGUCAGCAAUGAUGGUUUAUCAAGAUUAGCGUUAUCAUCGUUGAACACCACUCCGUUGCUUGAUAAAUCAAAUUCAAUGCCUAGAUUCGAAGUAAUCAGACAACCAGAAAAUGGAGAAAUACUCAAGGUUUUUUCUCCUGAAGAGACAUCAAAAUCUGUUCGGAAAAGAGAAAUAAGUGGCGAAUAUUCUCAUCUAUUGAAAGAAGUCGAUAAAUUCAGUCAUGAAGAUAUUGCACUUGGUCGUGUUUUCAUUUAUGUUGAUAAUCUGAAUGUUACUGAUGGAAAAUUGGAGGACAGUAUAUCACUAAGACUUACAGUCGAGGAUAAUUCUGCUCAACCUGCCGAAUUUACCUUUGAUUUUGAUAUUGUUGAAAAAGAGGCAGAAGACUAUUCUUCAUUCUUUGAACAAUUCCUUGUAAAAGAAGAACUUACUACAAUUGCUGAUGCCGAUAUGGAUGAUAGUGUUGAUUCAACAACUUCGAGUAUCAUUUCUGGAAGUAGUUUACCUGUAUCACCUUCUGAAAAAAAUAUAGAGAACGUUGACAAAGAUGUUGUUGAUGACCCAAAAAUAUCAACAGAGGACAACAAUCCAAUGGAUCCUAAAGAUGUUAUGGCUGAAAAUCCUCAGCCCGCAGAAGAUGAAACUUCAUUACCAUGGCUUAUUCCAGUUGCUGUAGUUCUUGGAUUACUAUUAAUCAUGGCUCUUUGUCUCACUGUUGUAUUUCUUCGCCACAAACAUUGGUUCAAAGGGAAAAGUUACAGAACAAAAAACGAUCAAGCAAGCGAAGAAAAUCACUCACUGACUUCUCGUGAUGAUAUCCUAGAACAAAAUAAUUUGAAUCCCACGAUGAAUUAUAAUCAGACUAAUAUUUCAAGGCACCCAGAAGGAGAGUCACUUCGCAGUCCUGCAUGCCCGGGGGUAACUGUUACACUUUUGAGGUCGGGGCCUGGGUCUGUUCAACCUUCAAAUUAUGGUGAAGACCGGCAUAGUUUUACUGUAAUGGGUUCAACCCUAGGCCCCCAAUCAUAUAGAGAUGAUGUGCCUUCAACUAUAUACACACCAUCGACUGUCUAUCAUUAUGAUGACACGGGAAGUGUUGAUUUCCCUGAUAAUGCAGAAGCUGAAUUUUAUGCUGCUAAUCACAAUAUUUAUCCAAACCAAAGACUCUAUCACAGCAGAAGUGCUAGAUUUAUAGACCCUGAUGUAUUAGCACUUUAUUCAUCUGACGAAAGUAUACCUUCCAUGAUUGAUGAAAAAUAUGCAAUCCCUUAUCGAGGAAGCACUGGUGCUACUGGCAGUGUACCAGCGGAAUUACAUAGGGCUGUUAGUCAGCCAGGUACGUCUUAUGCUGGUAUUGCGGACUGCAGACCUCGGUCAACGGCAUCACUGUCGAAAGCGGCAGUUACACCUGAACUUUCUUUGCUUCCAAAUUCAGGACUUGAGAGUAAUCAGUAUUGGAUUUGAGAUUUGUUUUGUUGAGUUACAACUACCUUGCAAUUUGAUGCAAUAAUUUUCAUAACAAAUAAUUAUGUGUCUGACUCAAUUUAAUUGUAUAAUUAUCACCCAGAUCAAUGAUGGAUUCUCUUUUUUUAGGCUAAUUUAAAGCCAAAAAAUUAAUGAAAAAAACUUUGUCAAAUUUGCACUUGCUGCGUCGUUUGUUGAACUUCUCAAGCCAAUAGAUGGUAUAUGAAUGGUAUGUGUUUGUGAGGCCUUAGGAUUUUUUUGCUUUUGAGUGGCGCAUGCGAUCAUGCUUUGGCCAAAAUAGAUUUAAAGCGUAGAAUUAAUAUUCAAUGAAAAAUAUCGGUCAUUUUCUAUAUUUUGAUUUUGACAACAUUCAAAUCAUGCCUAAUUAUGUAAAAUUAAGUUCAUACCAAAUGGAAUGGAAUACAUAUGUCAACUUAUUUUUCUUGUUUCGUGCCUUACUUUAUCAAGCUAUUGUAUUGUGUACUUUUGGUACUAUCAAAUGUUACUUCAUAUAUUCAUUUUUGUUUUCAAUUGUAUUUAUGAACUGUUAUAUAUUUUAUACUACUUACCUACCUAAAAAUUCAGCAUUUGCCUCAAAAGUAAUUUUUUUUAAUGAUGUAUUAUUACAUAGAUACUUUCUUUUGUGUGUGUCUUUUAUUUCAUUUUAUUCCAUAUUUUUGGUGCAUAGUAAUUUUUUUUAUAUCCAUUAAUGUCAUUUCUGAACCCUGCUCUCUAUAUGCUAAAUUUUCUUAGCAAAGCUGCUGUGCGAACCUCUAUGAAAAAAUUCACACCUGAAGAAAUGCCUUUCUCUCUCUCUCAUUAGACUAAUAGACAACACAAAUCAUGUUACUGUUUGAAAAACUGGAAAAAAUUGACCCUACCCCCUGCAUCUUCAACGUUAUGCUAAAAUAUAUGUGCAGGAACGUGGAACAGUUACCAUCCCACAUUUGCUUGCCAAGAUGAGGAAAUAGAAGGAUAGAAUAGGAUUCACCGGAGGAGAGGAAAGUUGAUUAGAAGGCGGUUACGAGAACCAACCACCCUAUGUCAGCGAGGAGUUAAGCACUUUUCUCGCACAUAAUUAUACCCUACCCGAUUCGAACCUUCGAACCUGCAACCCACGCGGGGUAGGUGCGAUGACAAUCGUAUUCCUGACUUUUGGCACAAUUCGCCACACAGCCAGGUUUUUUUUAGUUAAUUUAGUCUUGAUGUACCUUGUGCUUGUCUAUAAUCAUCAAGUUGAUCACCCAUUUUGUGCGUCUUUGCUAACAAAUGCUGUUGCCUGUAUUGCCGAUCCAGUCAGUAUGCCUUAGUUCUGUUUUUACAUUUUCAUAAUAGAAAUCUACUUUUUGCGAACAAA